ACUCAAAAAGAGUUUUGUGGAAUCUUUGUAACGAGUUACCUGCUUGUUGUGUCUCUCUGUCCUGUGAAGGAGACACCGGAGACUCCUCCAGCUGGACUUUUCGCAGACAUGGACUGGGGAACAGAUCUGUGGGACCAGUAUGAUCACAUCGACAAGCACACACAGUCGGGCCUCGACCUGCUGGAGCGUUACAUAAAGUUUGUGAAGGAGCGGACAGAGGUAGAACAGAACUACGCCAAGCAACUCAGGAGUCUAACAAAGAAAUACGCCAAACGAGGGAGCAAAGAAGAGCAAGAUUGCAAAUUCAGCAAUCACGCGUCGUUUCAGGAGAUCCUGAACGAGCUGAACGACUACGCCGGCCAGCGGGAGCUCAUCGCUGAAAACAUGAUAACCGGCAUCUGUGUGGAACUCACCAAGUACCUUCAGGACCUGAAGCAGGAGCGCAAAACACACCUGUCUGAUGCCAAGAAGGCCCAGCAGAAUUUAGAGAGCACCUUUAAACACCUAGAAAGUACGAAGAAGCGUUUUGCCAAGGAGUGGGCGGAGGCUGACAAAGCCACACAACAAGCGGAGAAAAUAGAAAACGACCUCAAUGCCACCAAAUUUGACGUCGAGAAAGCCAAGCAGCACGCCCAUGCCCGCACACACACAGCGGAGGAGUGCCGGAACGACUACGCGGCACAGCUCCAGAAAUACAACAAGGAGCAAAACUUCUUCUACUACACAGAGAUACCGCAGAUCUUCAAUAAAAUGCAGGACAUGGAUGAAAGGAGGAUCCGGCGGCUGGCGGAGGGAUACUGCCAGUUUUCAGACAUCGAGAGGAAGGUGCUGCCCAUCAUCUCCAAGUGUUUAGAGGGAAUCACUACAGCAGGGAAGAAAAUCAAUGAGAAACAGGACUCGAUACUGUUCAUAGAGCAGCAUAAGUCUGGUUUUGAGCGACCUGCAGAUGUGGAGUUUGAAGACUACACCCAAGGAAUCAAACCGGCAACCUCUGACUCAAGCCUUCACCCGCCCAAAGUGCGAGCCAAGCUCUGGCCUUUCAGCAAGAAGAACAAGCCGGCUGCGGCAGAAGAUUUCUCUCACCUUCCUCCGGAGCAGAGGAAGAAAAAGCUGCAGGCGAAGAUUGAUGACAUCUCCAAAGAUCUGCAGAAGGCGCAGGACCAAAGUGAAGCACUGGAGAAGAUGAAGGGUGUGUACGAGCAGAAUCCACAGAUGGGGGACCCUUCCAGUCUGGAGCCUCAGAUCACAGAAACUGCCCAUAACAUCGGCCGUCUGAGGGGCGAGCUCGCCAAAUAUGAGACGUGGCUGUCAGAAGCAGUGGGAGGAGAGGAAUCUUCCAACGCCAUCAACAAUAACACUCAACAUGGUGUUGUCGCAGCCGAACCAUCUCAGCACGUCUACACGGAGUUUGACGACGAGUUUGACGACAUAGAAAGUCCCAUUGGCCAGUGCAUGGCUCUGUACACCUUCGAAGGCACCAGUGAGGGCACCAUUUCCAUUACGGAGGGAGAGCUGUUGAGUAUAAUGGAGGAGGAUAAAGGAGAUGGAUGGAUGAGAGUCCUCAGAGCCAGUGGAGAAGAGGGCUAUAUACCUUCAGCCUAUGUCAAACAUACCCCGUAACACACACACACACACACACACACACAAACACACACACUCAGAGCUUGUGAUGAAAAAGUAAAGAGCCAAAGGUGAAUACAAAGUCAUCCAUGAUAAUUGGAGCUGUCCUCUGCAUCUUUUAUCUCAGCCAGUGACGUGUACAGCGAGAUGAGAGCGAGUGAUUAUAAAGCUUGUUAUCGAGGCUGAUUGCGAUAUCCUACACUCGCUGCGGCAGGACAGGCCGUCUCUCAACCGCAGACUGUCAGUCCUGUCGGAUCUUUAUAAAUUUAAGCUCUUUUAAAAAAACAAACUUUUGAAUGUAUCCCUGAACUUUUUGGUCACGGUGUUAGGUGACGACUCGUGUAACAUAUUCAGCAUCACAGUAGCUGUGACGCUACGUUUCUCGAUAUAUCCACUCACUGGACCUUCCCACUGCCCUCUUUAACAACCUGCUGAACUUUUUCCUUUUUGUUACGCCAGCGCUCUGCUAAAAAAACCCUUUCCUUACAGGAUAAUGUGAGUUUGUUUUUUUUUUGUUUUUCUUUCUUAUUAUUCAUAGCGAUGUGAUGUUUUAUGACUUAAAACUGGAUGAAAACCACUACUCUUAUAGGGGGAGUACAAAAUGCAGAUUGGCUCAACAGACUGUCACGGUCAAGGAUAGGUUUUUAUUUUCUAACCCAUGUGAAAACAGGCUGCGCUUGCUGUAAUCAUUCCUCCAGUCCAACCUGGCCCAAAGAGAUUCUUCCUAAUAUGCUUGUGAUGUAAUCCACAGUCUUUUAGUCUUGGUUGAAGUUUUGCUGCAUCUAAUAUGAGGCUUCACCGAUCUGAGUUAGUGGGUAUUUUCUUUGUUGUGUGACUAUCAAUCCGCUACAGCUCAGCAAGACAAACACUGUCUGGGGAAAAAAAAGAGGAAUUUCAUACUGAAAACAUGAGUCAGUCAGUCUGGGGACUCAUAUUAGCUUGUGUAAAUAAACCUCAUUUAUAUUUUUUAACACAGAAGACGGGAUGUGGAUUUUGUCACCCCAUCAGUUCCAUUGAAAGCACUUUGGGAAGGAAUCUUUGAAUUACCUGUGACAGGUUACUGAAAAUGUUAUGUUUUUCUGAAUUCAAAGUGGAUAUUUUUAUCCUAAAUGUAUCACUCUGAAGUAAAUAAUGAUUUGGUUGGUAGGUCAGUCAGGGUUAUGGAGAGCUCUAUCAGUGGUAGCAUUUUGUUGUCAAAGUCUGUUACCCCUUCAAGAUGUGUCUCCUCCUGCCAUCACGACUUGAGAGCAACCAACAAUCUGCCGACUUGGGAGUAGAAACUAAAUGUUUUCCUCUGCCUUUAUCAUAGCACCCAAAUCAGGAGUUCUCCAUCAAAUUGGGAGUCACAUGGUUGUUUUUGUUUGCCUUGGACAGUAGCCAGUAGUCUUGCUAAUGCUAACGGCCAAAAAAACAAACCAGGCGUUGCGAGUACGCCAGGAAGAAACACACAUCUGUGUUUGUCAUCAUCUGUGUUUAAAAGUUCUCUGUUUUCACUUGAAGACACAGAGGAUAAAAACAAAAGGAAAAGGCCAUGACCAGAGUUGGAUGUAACGUAGAAACACAGCAUGUUUAUAAUUCUGGCACAAAUACUUGAUGAACUGUGAGUGUUUGAGGUUGCGACCUGGUAAGAUGUGCAAGCCAAGAGUGGAUAACAAGCAAUCUUUACGCCCUUUUCUUCACCUUUUCAAUUCUACUUUGCACAAAACUGGCAGACUGGUUAAAUAUCUGGUCAUCAACUGGUUCUUCUAUCUCUCCUACAUGUAUUCUGGCUUUACUGGGUGUAACCGCCUGUUUUUAUGUACUGAGCCUUCAGAUUUCUGAAUCUCAUUCUUACAGGUCUUCUAGAAUCUUUUAAAUUUUUAUUUUGACACGUUGUCUUUGUGAUCUGUUAAGCCAGAUUUCAAAAGAAUUCAGGACGCCAGGAUCGAUUUCAAAGGGGGGGUAAAAUUUGAGUUUUUAAGAUUCAGCUUCUCACUGGAUCAUUUCUAACAAGUAAAUAGAAAAAAAUAGUUCAAGCAGUUUUAAAAUCUGAUAGGAGUGUUUAAAGAGCCACUCCACGCAUUUCAAGACAUGUAAAUUAUUUGUGUCUAAUACGGUUUCUUCUCAAUUUGUCAGAGAGUUCAUUUUUGAGGGUCUUUUUUUAACUCGUCAAAUAUCAGCGCUUCAAGAUGGCAGCCGAACGUGACCUAUAAUCUCAAAGUAAGUUGGGAAUGAGACUCAAAAAUCAACUUUCUGACAAACUAGACCUUUAACUAGUUGGCCAUUAUUUAAGUUACUCCUCUCCCUCCAUCAGUGGAAAAAUGCUGAAUCUACGGAUGUACUGAAAAUGUGUAAUUGGACAAAGUUUUGUACAUGAAAGCAAAGAGAAACUUUCCUCAUUCUGCAGAUCCAUUAGAAAACCUAACAACAUUCACAUUUAAGGGGCCGCUGAAACUCUCACUCUUACUGAGCCAUGUAAGGUUUACCCAGCUCCUCCUCCACCACUCUGUCCUGCACUAGUAAACAUUUUUUUCUCAACAUUUAAGGGUUAUUAUUAUUGUAUGAUUCAUUUUUUUUUAAAGAAAUGUAUGUAUUUACAUGUAUUCUUUGAGUCAUAAAGUGAAAUGGAAAAAAAUGUCUUGUCUUUUUUUGUGUUUCUUUUACAGUGUCAUUUAUGAGAAAUAUAACAUGCAAAAACUGCCAGCAAAAACAAAAAUAAAACACAUUUAUUCCAUUCGAAACACUGAAAUGAAAAACAAAAUGUCCAGUGUGGUCCCUUACAGCAGCAGCUCGUAUACAAAAGGGAACUAAAUCAAAAUGUUCAUGUUGGAAACUCAAGUAUCAGACAACUGGCGUGGAUUAAUAAAACAGUGUCUUGGUAUCGGAAAUGUACAUUUGAAGUAGUAAACCGAUGAUAGUGUUUGGAUAAACAGAAAAAAGACAGUAAAAUAAAGAAAAAAAA